GAGUCGUCAACUCUCCCAGCAGGCAGCUCCGACAACCCGGACAGCCGGGCAGAUCCCCCGCCCCGCCACCCGCUCGGCUCUCGCGUCCUCCUCUUCCUCCUCCCGCGGCCCCUCGCCUCCCGCCGCCUGCCUCUGCGGCCGCCGCCUGCGGCUUUGUUUUCCUCCCAGGUCGCAUUCCCCACACGUGAUUCCGUGUUAUUGCAAAGAGCGCUUUGGAGCGCGAGCGCGGGGCGCGCGCACCUAUAAAUACGGACACCCGGCCCCGGAGCCCGCGAGCCAGCGGCCAGGCGACCGGCGGGCGGCCAGCCAGCGAGCCGAACUAGCCGAGCUAGCCAGCGAGGCGCGCGCGUGGGCCGGGGCGGCGGCGGCGCCCCCAUCCCGAGCACCGAGGGGCGAGCAUGGCCCGCCUGCGGGGGGGCUGGACCGCUGCGCACGCCGCCCGAUCCCCGCGCCCUGCCCAGCCCGGGUCGCCGCCGCUCGCGCCCGCCGCUUAGCGCUCGGGCGCCGCUCGCUUCUCCGGGCAUCGCGGAAAUCCCGCCGCAGACGGACACAAUGGCGGCGGCGGCCGCCACCACGGCCGCCUGCAGCAGCGGCAGCGCCGGCACCGACGCCGCGGGCGCCAGCGGAUUGCAGCAGCCGCCGCCGCAGCCCCAGCCCCAGCCCCAGCCCCAGCCCGCGGCCGCCGCGCCGGCCCUGCCGCCGCCCGAGCCCCCCCGGAAGCCGCGCAUGGACCCGCGCCGCCGCCAGGCUGCCCUCUCUUUCCUCACCAACAUCUCGCUGGACGGCCGGCUGCCGCCGCAGGACGCGGAGUGGGGCGGUGGCGAGGAGGGCGGCGCGGCCAAACCGGGCGCCGGCGGCGCCUGCGGCGCGAGGACUCGGUUCAGCCUGCUCGCCGCUGCCGAGCGGGGCGGCUGCAUCGCGCUCGCCGCGCCGGGCACGCCGGCUGCGGGGUUGGCCGCUGGGUCCGGUCCCUGCCUCCCACAGCCCUCGUCGCUGCCGCCCUUGAUCCCUGGCGGCCAUGCGACCAUGUCCGGCCCCGGGGUGGCGCGGGGGUUCGCGAGCCCCCUGGGCGCCGGCCGGGCGUCGGGGGAGCAGUGGCAGCCGCCCCGGCCGGCACCUCUCGCCGCCUGUGCCCAACUGCAGCUGCUCGACGGGUCCGGGGCCGCCGGGCAGGAGGAGUUGGAAGAGGACGAUGCCUUUACCAGCGUGCAGGUGCCGGCGGCCGCCUUUUUGGGCUCCGGGACCCCCGGGAGUGGGAGCGGCAGUCGGGGACGCCUCAACUCGUUCACUCAGGGAAUCCUGCCCAUCGCCUUCUCCAGGCCGACUUCGCAGAACUACUGCUCCCUGGAGCAGCCAGGCCAGGGCGGCAGCACCAGCGCCUUCGAGCAGCUGCAGAGGUCCCGACGGCGCCUCAUCUCCCAGAGAUCUUCCUUAGAGACCCUGGAAGAUAUUGAGGAGAACGCACCUCUCCGGAGAUGUCGAACUCUCUCAGGUUCACCCAGACCAAAGAAUUUUAAGAAGAUUCAUUUUAUCAAGAACAUGCGGCAACACGAUACCAGGAAUGGCAGAAUAGUCCUUAUCAGUGGCAGAAGAUCCUUCUGUAGUAUAUUUUCAGUGCUGCCGUAUCGCGACAGUACCCAAGUCGGGGACUUGAAGUUGGACGGAGGAAGACAAUCAACUGGUGCAGUGAGUUUGAAAGAGAUCAUUGGUCUGGAAGGUGUGGAGCUGGGUGCUGAUGGGAAGACUGUUUCCUAUACCCAAUUUCUGUUACCCACAAAUGCCUUUGGAGCCCGGAGAAAUACCAUAGACUCCACCUCCUCUUUCUCCCAGUUCCGUAACCUGAGCCACCGCAGCCUCUCCAUAGGCCGGGCAAGCGGCACCCAGGGGAGCCUCGACACAGGUAGUGACCUGGGAGACUUUAUGGACUAUGACCCAAAUCUCUUGGAUGACCCCCAGUGGCCUUGUGGCAAACACAAACGCGUUCUGAUCUUCCCUUCCUACAUGACAACAGUGAUUGACUACGUGAAGCCCUCAGAUCUCAAGAAGGACAUGAACGAGACCUUCAAGGAGAAGUUUCCUCACAUUAAGCUGACACUCAGCAAAAUUAGGAGUCUGAAACGAGAGAUGCGGAAGCUUGCGCAGGAGGACUGUGGCCUUGAGGAGCCCACGGUGGCCAUGGCCUUCGUCUACUUUGAAAAGCUCGCCCUCAAGGGGAAGCUCAACAAACAGAACCGGAAGCUGUGUGCUGGGGCGUGUGUGCUGUUAGCAGCCAAAAUUGGAAGUGACCUCAAAAAACAUGAAGUCAAGCAUUUAAUUGACAAACUGGAAGAGAAGUUCCGGCUGAACAGGCGAGAACUGAUUGCCUUUGAAUUCCCGGUGUUAGUGGCCUUGGAAUUCGCCCUCCACUUGCCCGAGCACGAAGUCAUGCCCCACUACAGACGGCUGGUCCAGAGCUCCUAGCACCGGCCUCGAGGACAGCCAAGGGCCAUUUCUUCUCAGCUCGGUGGAGCAGCACUUACUACUGGAAAUGAAAAAAAGUAGAACUCAAAAUACCAGACUUUUCUUCCUCUCGACAUAGUUUGGGGAGAAGCAGUACUAGAAACUUUCCAAGGAGUCUUGGGUUGUGUAGCCAAGAGGAGCCAUGAGCUAUGGACUCCUCAAGCAAGGGAAGAGGAGGUGCCUGCUGAGAACAGAGAGGCCCUGCCUUCUGUCCACUAGCGAGAAUCCCUAGCUGCCCCAGCCCAGUCUUCCUCCCCGGCAUUCACAAACUGCUAGCGUGGUCCAGGGCCUUCUCCAGAUCUGUUCCAACUUGGAGUGUGAAGGGCUUGAGCAUACGGGGGAAGAGAGUCUGCAGAAGUUGGGGGAAAACUUUUAAAAGAUACCCUCAUUGUGUCAAAGAGUGUGCCAAUCUAUUUUUGUAUCAGCAUUGGAAGUGCACUUUCCCCUGCGGUGUGUGGGUGUGUGAAUGUGCAAAUGUCUGAGAGAUACUGCAUCAGCCUUAGACCCCCCAGAGCCAGUCCCACCCUUUACAGAGCAGCCCUUAGCCUGGGGUCAUGGGCCAGGCUGACCUUCGGCAAUUAUUUCUAGAUGAUUUCUGGAUAAGAAUUGCUCUCUCGGUACCAGACAGUUUGACAUCCUCCACCCUUAGAAAAUGACAUUGUUUUGUUACUGCUCCUACCCACCAAGGGGAUAAAGAAGGCGAGUUCUGAGUGUUGGAUGAGUCAGUCGCGUGGAAGGGCGUGGAGCGUGGCACUCUGUAACUUCCUGCCGUCUGCCACCCCGCCACGUGUAUUUAACCCUCGCACUUUCUCCACUGUGGAGACGGCUGGGGCGGCACCCCACAGUGUGUAUUCCUGUCCUCUAUGUUAGAGUGCAUCAUAAGCACAUUUACUGUGCUAUCUAUAUCUCUAUAUAAAAGUGUUUUAUAAAAACCCAGAAUAGGAGCACGACGCAUGAUUGGUGUUUGAGGCAUUUGCCAGCUGGGACAAACUGUGUUUGGAGCUGUGGUUAAGCUGACUGAGGAGGCGGUGGCUCUUACCAUUCCCAUGUGCCCAGGGCUGUCCGUGCAAGAUUUUAAUGGUGACUUGUCCUGGCUUACUGGGACAGUCUGUAUGAGGCAUGUCACCACACUGUCGCCUCAUAGCUGCAAGAGAGAGGCACCAGCUGAAGUUCCCCUGACUGAAGAGAGCCUGUGGCCAUGUAAAAAGAGAAUUAAACUCUUGUUGCUUUUUGUA